AUGGGGGCCAAUAUGAAUUUCCAAGGUGAUUCUGUAAAUUUGACAGCACCCUCACUGGCCCUGUCCAUGAUCAAUGUGGACACAGAUGAAUUCAGUGGCCUCACAUUUGGUGUGUCUUUCAGUUCUUCAAACCUGGUCCCAAAGGAUCCGCUCACAACCACUGCAAUACACAGCAGCUGGAUAUUGAACUCUUAUAUAGUAUCUGCCAGCAUCAAUGAUAGCUAUGUCAACAACCUGAAGGAUCCGGUGGUGGUGACUCACAGACAUAAAAACCCCAAACAGCCAGGUGACAGGGUGCAGUGUAUGUUUUGGGAUUUUCAGAACAAUGGUGGGCAGGGUGGUUGGAACAGCACAGGUUGUGAAACCCAGAGUAUUUCUCCUGAUCAGACCAUCUGUUUCUGUGAUCACCUCACACACUUCGCUGUGCUCCUGGAUGUGUCCAGAGCCCCUGUCAGUGAGGCUGACAAUCAGAUUCUGACAUUGAUCUCCUAUCUUGGUUGUGGUAUAUCCUCCAUCUUUUUAGGCAUCACUCUUCUCACUUACCUGGCUUUUGAACAGCUGCGGAGGGACCACCCAUCUAAAAUACUUAUCAACCUGUCAGCCGCUCUGCUGGGGAUGAGCAUGCUAUUCCUCCUGGACUCCUGGCUCUCAUCCUUUUUCAAUUACGGUCUGUGCAUCGCCACUGCAGCAACACUCCACUACUUCCUGCUGGCCUCUUUCACCUGGAUGGGCCUGGAGGCUGUGCACAUGUACCUUGCCCUAGUCAAGGUCUUCAACAUCUACAUCCCCUCAUAUAUCCUCAAGUUCUGUGUUGCAGGAUGGGGUAUUCCUCUGGUCAUAGUCAGCCUGGUGCUGGCCAUAGAUAAAGAUGCCUACGGCAACGCUGUGCGUAAAGAGUCUGCAGUGGUGCUUCAGUCCACUGACCCAUUCUGCUGGCUGCAGAAUGACGUCUUCUUCUACGUGACGGUGGUGGCAUUUGUUCUUCUGAUACUGUUAUGCAACGUCUCUGUGUUCAUUGUGGUUCUGAUCCAGAUCAGACAGAUGCGGGCCAAUAAGCCAUCAGCAAACAGCCGCAGCACUCUGAAUGACUUGAGGGCAGUGGCCAGUCUCACUGUCCUGUUAGGCCUAACGUGGUCAAUGGGCUUUUUUUCAUUUGGGCCAGCCAGAGUUGUCCUGAUGUACCUGUUCUCCAUCUUCAACACAUUGCAGGGGUUCUUUGUUUUUUUGUUCCACUGUCUGAUGAAGGAGAACGUGAGGGAACAAUGGAGAAUCCACUGGUGCUGUGGAUGUUUCAGACUUAAUGACUACUCAGACUGGAGCCGCUCUGUGAGUGUGGGUGGCCACUGCAAAAAGAACAAUCUUGUUAACUCUGACUCAGUUGCUUCUGACAACACCUCUACAAUCAGGAAGGUCUCUGACUCCUCUACAGGAUCAGGACCAAAGCACCACCAGGGGGCAUGAACAGUCCUCUUCAUUACAUAACACUCUGUCCAUUGUUCAAUUCUGACAACACUGAUAGCAGUGAGGUUGAAAAAGAAAAUGGAACAGCUGUAUGUGUAUAAGAGCAAGAAAAGACAUUUUCAAGGAGAUACAAUGUAACCUGCACACUCACAGCUAACAUCACUGUAAAAUCAGUCAAAGCCUGGAAAAUUAAAUACUGCAAAGUACAGUGAA